GGCAGCAGCUGGAACUGUUGUUUCGGUUAGUUUUUUUUAAGUUUUUUAGGCACGUCCGACGGGCAGGCUGACGAUGCCGUUCAGCGUUCAGCCGUUGUCGUCAUCGACAUUGAUGUUACAUCAUCGUGUUGCGCCGUCGUUGACGGGUCGUGAAAUAAACACAAUAGAUAUAUUAUUCUACCUAUAUAGGUGUACAUUUUGUAUAUAUUUUUCACGCACGUCCGGCCGGUGUGUGUAUCGAUAUUCGAUGAUUUGAUUAGCCGAGCAGUACCGUGUGUGAUGUAAAUAUAGCGAGAGAUUGCCGUUAUCUUUUAACUUGGCAAUCGGCGGGCAUAUUAUAGCGGUGUACACGACAACGUCCCGUGACUUCGUUGCGCGGUAGCCGUUUUCCGGUUUUCGCGAUGCGGGUUAUGUAGUGGCAAAUAGUGGAUUCACUCGCUUUCAUUUUCCAACCGACCGCUUUUCGUGCGAUGAGAGUCGACGACGGCGGCGAGCGGUCGUCCAACGAAGACCAGGUAACGAUAUCCAUGGCGUUCUGAACGCCGUCCGUCUUUCUGUUCUCCGGCAAAACGUUAUUGUUAUUUUUUGCAUUUUUCUUUAUCUAACCGCGAAUUCCGUUUAGAUAAUGUAAAAUAGUACAAUUUGUACCGUUUUCGGUUUUCACCAGUGUACUUGAGUUUUCGGUCUUUUACACGGUUGACGAAAUUUAGGUUCCAGCUGUGUUCGUCCGACACCGUUCGUUGCCAUGGUUACACAUCGAUACAAUUGAUUUGUUUUUUUUUUUUAAAUCUAAACCUCCAUGAUUGUAUCGUUGUUUUUUUUUUUAUUGUUAUUCAAUAUAAUUUUUGUUCCUACACUAUUUAUUAUACACUAACGUAUUAGUAUCGUUAUCGAGUUUUAUUCAAGUGUUACAAUCAAUGUAUCAAUUCGAAUACAUACGUAUUGAACUUUAUUGGUUUGGUUUGCUGUUACGAAAUAAUACUUGGUGUAACACAUAAUAAGCAUUUAAUUUGAAGGUAGAAUUUCCAAAUUGCUUUUUAAUUUGUUAGGAAUAAUAUGAACAGGAUUUCAGAAUAAAAGUUAGGCACAGUAAUCCUGUUUUUAAAUCUUCGAUUAAGAGGACACUAUCCCAACAUUUUUUAUUUAAAUUUGAAUAAUGGUUAAUAUUGCCAAAUUAUGCUAUUUAGAAUUUAAUUUUUAUUGUGUACCUAAGAUGUAAUUCAAAUCUAAAAAGGAACAUUUUUUCAAGGACAUCACACUAGUUUUUGUAAUAUAUUGCCAACAGAAUACAGCUAUUUAAAAAAAAAAUAAGAAACUGUUAUCUGCAAAUUUUUUGUUUGACAGUAGAUAAAUACCUACCUACCUAUUUUUGGAAAAAGGCAAUGCAUUGUCCACGGAAAUAUUCUCUUUUUGUAUUUAUUUAUUUGUUAGUUUUUAAAUUUAAUUUCAACUUAAACGGUAUAAUUUAAAUUCUAAGUUACGUAAUUUCGCCAUGUUGAUCCAUUAGUUGGAUUUAAACAGUAACUAAUGCUGGCGUAUGAUACUGGAUGGUAUUCAAUAUUUUUUUUGUCUCAAAUUUUAUGUUUGUAUAAAACCCAUUGAACAAUUUCACCAACAUCGUAAAUAUAAUAUUACAACAUUGUGUAUUCAAAUUGGUAUGGUAAUUUUAAUUUUAAUUAAUGUUUUUAUCAAUCAAUAUUUACUGGUUUUAUACCAACCACCACUGUUCACUAAAAAUAGUGAACAGACCCAGAGAAUUACCCAGAAAAGAAGGCUCCAGUAUUAUUACCCUAGGGAUUUUUUUCCCCCCCUCACAGAUACUUCAUUGGUAUUAUACCAUAGAGUAAUAGUACUCUUUGUAUUAUAUAUUUGUCAAAUUGUCAGUGUUUUUUUACACUUAUUAAUAUUGAGAAAUACAUUCAAGUAUUUAUUAAUGAAUGUAAUUAAUAAUUUUUAGAGAUUCCAAUGUCAUUUUGAAACUACACACUUGAUGAUGUUCAUCCUCGUUCAUGAAAUAGGUAUAGUUGUUUUAGCUACAUAAAAAUAAUAAUCUAAAGAUUAAAUCAUAAAUUAUUUAAAGUUUUUUUAUUUUCAUUAAAUUAUAGUGUGUUACAUAUUAUGUAUCUAUGUUACAGGUGGUUAAAAAUAUUUUCGAACAUUGAAACUUAUCUAGUCAUGUUGGUAAAAAACCGUUUAUUAAUGCUUUUAGUCAAAAAUAAAACUGCAUAUUCACUAUUCUAGUCAAUUUAUACUGUGUUAUGUGAUCGUAAGUAUUUGAAUAAAUACACUACUGUUAAUAUUAUAAAUUACAAUAUUUUUAGAGAAAUUAAAUAAUUACCAUACUUGUAUAUUGUCAUAUAGUGUAAAAAUGCCCAGAAGACAGUUAACAGAUGAACAGCGAGAACAAUCCAGAAUUCGUCGCUUAGAACGUGACCGUGAACGUCAACGGAAAAGACGUCUGAACCCAGAAUUAAGAGCGAUUGAACGAGGAAAAAACACAAUUGCUAAAAGACUGUCGAGAGCUAAAGGCUUUUAUGAUACUAAUACUAAUAGAUUAUUUUCUGAAACUAACAUUGACUGUAGUAAAAUUACAUCCUUGUAAGAUAAUAAUAAUAAUAAAUAAAUUUUUUUUUGAAUCGCUAGGCACUUUUCACAUUAUAUGGUUUCGACAAAAAAAACCGAACAACAAUAUUAUUUUUAUGGAAUAAAGAAGAACAUACACUCUUUCACAUUGCACGGUCCUAAUGAAAUGCCGAAUGAUGCUAUAAGCAUAGUGGUAUACAUGACCAAAUACAUGUUUUCACAUUAAAUGAUUUUAUUUGUACGGUAAAGCUCGAAUGUGAUUCACCCAGUCACUUUCAAGGCACAAUUAUUUCUUAUUUAAAUAAUGGCAGAAUUUGGUGUUAAAUAUUUAACUACCCUAAUGCAAAUUCAUGUAAUACAUCAAAUAUCACACAGUAAUUAUUAAAAAUCUUAUUUUCAUCAUUUUGUAGAUCAUUAAAUAAUAUGUUAAAUAAGCCCGCUUCCUCUUAUCUAGUAUUGACAGUAUGUACCCAAAAAAUAUGAUUUUUCUGUUGUCUUUAACAACGGAAUAUAAAACAAUUUUGUUCACUGUUUGUUAUAACAACGUAUUUGUGUGUUUUAAUAAAACUAAACGUAUACUAUACUACUAAAACAUAAACCGUGCAUAAAUUAUAUAAGCAAUUGAUUUAAAUUGUUCGGAUUUUUGCUUAAAGUCAAAACCAUAUAAUGUGAAAAGAACCUUAUUAUUACUAUUAUUAUUUUGUAAUUUAGGUUUGGCGAAGUUGAAAUGGUAGAUUUGGCAGAACAUAAUCGAUUAAGAAAGGAACGAGAAAAAGAAAGACAGCGUAAAAGAAGAAUGGAUCCUGAAUUUAGAGCCAAAGAGCGUGCAAGGAACAGUUUGUUGAAACGAAUUGCUCGACAAAAAAAUUACUUUACACUGGAGGUACAAUCUUUGGUCUAGUACAGGGGUUCCCGACCUUUUUAUCAUUGAGUACCACCAGACACUUAUAAAAUCAAUACACGUACCACCUCAAUUCUAAAACUAAAUUAGUAGUCAAAUUUUUUUAGAGUAUAUUUUUAUUAUUUGAGAUUUAUGAAAGUAAAAAAAUCUUAAUUUUUAGUUAAAUCUAAAUAUUUAAAUUUUAAAUUACAAUUUUAAAAAUUAAUAAAAAAAAAAUAAAUAUAAAUAAUAAUAAAAUUAAAUAAAUAAUGUGUUAUUUAUAGUUGUUUAUUUUGUACAAGGACAUCAAUAUCUGGCUGAAUGGAACUAAUUUUCACCCUUAAGUCACUUUGAAUAUCGAGCUUAUUUCUGUACUUAUUUUUCAAAUACAGCAAUUCAGAAAAUCCACUCUCACACAAAUAAGUAGUGACAAAUGGAGUUAAACAUUGUAAUGUUUGCUUGAAAAUCCAAAAUGAAAUCAAUGUUUUGUCUUUAAAUGCCUUUCAUUGAGCUGUUACUUACCAUAUCAAUGAAUGAUUCUUUGUCUUCUGGAACUUCUAUGUCUGAAGAUUCAUACAAAAAUGGGUUUCUAAUCCAAUUUUUCCUUGAAUAGUCUUCAAAAAAUAUUUUGAAAAAUUCAUCUUCAGUGCUUCCAAAUGUUCCAAGAUGUCAGCAUUUAAAUCUUCGUUUAGAGAGAGUUCAUUUUCAUCAAUAAAUGAGGAAAGAUUAGGAAAUGCAGAAAUUUUUUUUUUUUAUUGCAAUUGAUAUAGAUCCAAUUUUCUUUUGAAAGAAUUUGUUUUAUCAUAAACGGUGAAUAUUGUCAUUUAUGCCUUAUAGGCCCAUAUUUAAAGUGUUGAGCUUAUCAAAAAUAUCAGCCAAGUAGGCUAAUCUAGAUAACCAUUCUUCAUUGUUGAACAAAUUCUUCAUGUCUUUCUUCUUUUUCAAUCAAAAACAAAUUAACUUGAGAUCUCAGCUCAAACAAUCAAUUUAAAAUCUUGCCACGAGAUAAUCAUCUCACUUCAGUAUGAAAUAACAAAGUAUUAAAUUGUCCUCCCAUUUCUUCGCAUAACAAUUUGAACAGUCGAGAAUUGAGACCUCUAGCCUUAAUGAAGUUUAUGACCUUUAAAGUACAUUUCAAAACAGGAUAGUUGGUCAGGCAUACUUUUGGAAGCCAAAGCUUUUCUAUGUAUCGCACAAUGUGUGCUUUUGGAAUAUGGCGCAACUUUCUGUACUGUCGAUGCUAGGCCUGUCAUUUUUCCACACAUAGCUUGGGCUCCGUCUGUACAAAUGCCAACACAUUUUUCCCAAGGCAAACCUAUGGUUGAAAAAUAAUUGUCGAUGAUUUUAAAAAUAUUUUCGUAUUUGAUUCAAGUGGUUUACAAAAUAAAUACUCAUUUAAUACAUUGUGAAAAUUAUAUCAAAUGAAAACAAGCAGCUGUGCCAUAUUUGUUAUAUCUGUACUCUCAUCUACUUGGAGAAAAAAAUUUGAACACAUUUUUAGUUGAGUAACCAGUAUUUCUUCAAUAUUUGAAACCAUAGUAUUAAUUCUUUUCUUAACAGAAUUGUUUGAUAGUGGAAUUUUAUCCAGUUCUUUAGCUGCUUUUUCUCCUAAAACCGUUUGCACCAUAUUUUUAGCUGCAGGUAAUAUCAGCGUUUCACCAACUGUAUGAGGCUUUCUAUCUUUAACAAUCCUAAGGCUUGCUAAAUAUGAUGCUCUUAAAUAUAGCUGUCACUGUUAGUGAAAUGAGUCAUAUAAUUGGAUUCUUUUUUAAAAAAUUCAGUUUUUCUUUGAUAAAACUUUAUUGGUUUAUUUUCCAUUUCAGGGUGUUUAGUUUGUUGGUGAUGUUUUAAUAGCAAAGGUUUCAUACUUUGGUUUGAAAGUGUCUCUUUACAUAUAACGCAUAGGGGAAUAGGGUUUUCACUAUUUUCUGUUUCCGGUUUAAUCACAAAGCUAAAUUUCAAAUAAUUUACAUCAUACUUACGAUUUGGUUGUGUUUUUGAUUUUUUACUUGGGUUUCCAAUGGAAGUAGUAUCAUCACCACACUUAAGAAAUCUCUUCAUAAUAUAAUUUUACUUACAAAUUAAAUUUAAAAUAAAAGUUUUGUAAAAAAAAAAAAAACCACAAAUACAGAUUAUUUCAUUUGACAUACAAUACGUAUAUCAACACACUAAAAUAACUCUUUGACAUUUCAUUUGUAUAUUUUCCAAUAAUCAUUAUCGCUAAUUGAGUGGCCAUAACCAUAUUAUAUAAAAUAUAAUAUAAAUAACACCAAUGUUAAAACUAUAAGAAUGUGCUUUAUUGAUAAGAACUAUAACAAACUUUAGAUUUUAUUAUUAUCUAAAAUUCUAAAUUGCUACGAUUAAAAACCCCAUGACAUCGACAUUGAAUAUUAUUUUGGUAAAAUAAUAAUUUUAUAAAAUUAGCUAAUAUCAAAUAAACUAAACUAAAUAAUAUUGAAUGCAAACAGUAAUAAAAAUAUUUCUUCGUGUACCACAGGUUGGGAACCUCUGGUCUAGUAUAAUGCCAGUAAUCAAUAAAAUAUUAAAUAAAUUAUAUAAAAUAUAUUUAAACACUUAAUUUAGUUACCUAAAAUUUAAUAUUUAUUUUAUUUUAAUUUCCAGAUUUGUUUAUAUAUAUUCUAGUAUUAUUAUUUUUUUCUAUAAUUUUAAAUGUAUCAAUACUUAUAAACUAAAAUUUUCUGAUGAAUAAUUAUCAUAUACAGAAAUAAACCAAUUCUAAUUGAUUGCUUGUCAGGAAUAAAAUCAGUUAAUCAUAAUAUUAUUAUUGGUCAACCAUGGCUGUUUCUACAGAAAAUAAAAAGAAAUGUAAAUAUAUAAUAAUAAAUUAAACUUGGUUAGGUAUUUAUAUUAUGGAAGUUAUGGAAGUUUGAAUUUCGUGAAUGAAGUAUGUUGUUAAUAAAGAUUUUAACUUAAAUACCUAUUUAUUUUAUAAGUGUAUGUUUAGAAUUGUCUAUGGUGCCUUGGGUAAUGUGUUACUACGUAGUUACUGUGGUAUCAAGUUCGUUACCAUUUAAGGCACCAGCAAUUUUUUUUGUACAAAACCACGUCGGUUAGGUAAUAGGGAAAAAAUGAAAAAACAUUUUGGGUGCAUCUAGGUUCCUGGCGCGGUCACUCUAUUGUUGCGUUUGCUUUGACUGUUUUAAUAGAAAAUAACCUUCGGCUUAUUGUGCAAAACCACGUCAGGUAGGUAACAUACAGGGAAAAAAAAUCAAUUGGGGUGAGUCUUGGGGCAAGUUAAAAAUGUUUAAAUUGUAUACUGAAAUUAGACAUGUAUUUAAUUACUGGCCCUUUAGAUGGUAUCAAGAACUCGAUACCGCAGUGACUACAGAGUAAUGCGUUUCCCAAUGUACCACAAUUAAUUCUAAACAUUCAUAAAUAAAUAAGUAUUUAAGCUAAAACUGUAUUAACGAUGUACUUCAUUGACAAAAUUCAAACUUCCGUUACUUCUUUAAUAAUGAUUUCUGCAAAAAAAUUCAAAUAGUUCUGAAAUAAACAUCAAAAAACACAUGUUUUCAAAAGAAAAUAAAUUGAAAAACAAAGGGUGUCCUGUAAAGUAGACUUGAACUGUUUUUUUUUUUUUUUUUUAACAGUCCAAAAAGUAGCUAGAUAAGCUACAAGUUUGAAUUGUAGUUAAUAGAUCCAAAAUACAAAGUUUUAUUUUGCAUAUUUUGCAUAUCAUUUUUGGAUGUGUACUGCAUAUUUCUGUAUUUUCAUUGCUUUAUAGUCGAAUACCUAAGUGUUUCACACCCAUUUGUUUUACUAUUGUUUGUUGGUUUUGCCCACAUAUGCCCAAAUUGGCAAAUAUUCCAAAUUUAGAAAAUUGAAAAUGUUGAAAAUUUACUGACAGCAGUCAGUUAAAUGUAGGAUUGAUUGUUAAAUGCUAAGUUUUACCAGAAUUCUUACUUGUAUCAUAUCAUACUUACAUGGUGUUCCAUUAAAGUGAGUACACUCAUUAUCUUUGAAAGUUUUUUAACUUUUUUCGUAAUUUGUUUUAUAGAAAAUCAGUUAUUUUUGGGGUAAACUACUACAUACUUUUGAUUUUUAAAUGGCAACUUAUAUUUAAAAUUUUACAAAUAUAAAGAGUAUUAUUUAAAAAUAAAUUUUGGUGUAGGCAUUUUUGAUUUCUAUCAAACCAUUAAUGAGAUAUUCUACUUUUAAGUUUGGGUAGAGGGAGAGUAGUGGUUCAUUAUUAUUACAUCUUGCGCUCUGCCAUCACACAAAUUAUGCUACACUAUUCUAUCCUGACCCAAACUUAAACGUAGAAUAUCUCAUUAAUAAGUUGACAGAAAUCAGAAAUUUUAGCACCAAAAUUUAUUUUAAUUAAUACUUACUCCAUCAAUUUAUAGAAUUUUGAAUAUAGAUUACCAUUUUAAAAUCAAAAGUAGGUAGUGGUUUUACCCCAAAAAAUAACAUUAAUAUACAAUUUUUAGGUCUGCUUGUUUUUGAAAUGUUCCUUUAAGGUUAGGAUAGGUUCUAAAAAAGUUAAUACUUUCUGAGAUAAUGAGUGUGUUGUUACCCUGUAUAUAAAAUAAUUAUGUGAAUAAUCAAUUUUAAGAAACUUUGCAUUUCUUAAUUUUUUUUUAAUUAUUAGAAAUUAUAAUUUAAUUUCCCAGGUAAUUCAAAACAUAAUUUCUUCAACAAUCUAUUAGGAUUCAAUUUUCAAUUUAUAGAUCCGUAUUUAUUUAUGUUGAAAUAAUAGUUGUAUUAAAAUAAUAAUAAUUAAAAAUUAUUUAAAAAGAAAAUAUAUUACUAUGAACAUCAUUUUAAUUUGAAUGUAUUAACUAUAAACUUCAAUAUCACAAUUUUGUAAUAUUUUUAUUUUAUAAAAUAAUAAAGAUCCUCAAUAUGGAUUAUAAUACUGAUAAUCAUUUUUUUUCUAAUUGUGUUAAUAGGAUAUUAUUAACUAUAAAUAUAAAUGUAUACUUUUUAAUUACGUAAUUAAAUAAUGAAUUUCCAAGUAUUAUAAUUCUAUAAGUUUAUGUAGGUUUAUUUAACCAUCACACGUGUUUAUAGAAACAUAGGUAUUUGAACUUUGAAACAUUAAUAGUUUAAAACGUAAUUAUCAAAGAGUUUCAAGAUGACCUCAUACCUACCACUCUCAUAAAUUGUAUUAUAAUAAAAUCCUUGCCGCUUUUAUUUUUUAAUUUAAUAAUUAUUCUUAAUUUUUUUUUAAUGUUAUUCCAAUGCUUUAUGAACAAUUUGUGUAUUAAAAUGUUUAUUAUUUUAGCAUUGCAAUUCAAACAAAUUAAAGUGUUCCGCUAUGCAAAAUAUCAAACACUUUCAUUUUAAUAUCAAUUAUAAUUUGUACAAAAAAUAAAAAGUUUAUAAGGUGUUUGUAUUUAAUUUGAUUUUUUGGAAAAUCUAGGAAAUAAAUACCAACCUAAAAUCAUAAUAACUAAUUUUAGUAAGAUUAUCUCAGGUUUAUUAUUUAAAGUUUUAAAUAUGAAUCUUAUUUUUGAAAUCUAAGAUAUACAAUAAAACCCUUUUGCUCAUCCUCGAAUGUACGCCACUUCGGUUGAUCCAACUGUUGUAUUACCACAAGUUAAGACACCAAUAUUUAAUAUUUUGCUUUAAAAAUAAAUUUGGAUUUCAUUGACUAAUUUAUAUAUUGUAUCAAUAAUCAACUUCUUUUCUAAGUAAUUCUUUACUACAGACUUACCUUCAAUUAUUACAGUAAAUCAUAUAACAUAAUAUUUUACAUAUAUAUUAUAAAUCCUUAUUUUUCUAUAUUUUCUGAUAGUCCAACCUUUUUGGCAUUUCAACCAUACCCCAGUACUGAAGGUAAUGAAUUAAAGAGUUUCUACUGUAUAUUUAAAAUGAAGUUCAAUUUAUGUUGGUUUUUUGUAAAAAUUUACAUUUUUAUUCUGAUCCUAAUAAAAUUUUGCACACUUAACAUUUAAAACAAGAGGAAGGUCGUUGUUUACUUCUUGUAUCAAAAUUCUACUACUUAAGACUGUCUGUCUGUCUUUAUAUUUUUAUAACUAAAAUUGAACUUUUUUUGUCAAUAUUCGGAUUAACUAAGUGAUACGAUUGGAAAAAAAGUUUUUAUUACUUAAUUUGGUUAUCACGGAUAAGGAGGUAUAUUUUUUUUUAAAGAUAAAUUGUUGGGCAAGAAUAAUUUUUUGUGAAAGAAAAAAUGUUGAACAUGAGAAAUACCGAGUAAUUCUGCUAAUUUAAAAUUAAUUUUAAUUCAUCAUGUAUUCACUCUUAUUAAAUCUCAUAUCAAUUAUAAUAUUAGCCUAAUUUUGUCUAUUAAAUGGUUAAAUACAAAGUCAAUCGAGGUCAUUAAAUAUUUGAAUAACUGUUGUUAAUGUUAAAUAACAUAAUUACUGUAUCAUAAAAAUAUCCUAUUUAACAGUACACCUCUUUAUUAAUAUUCUAAUUCUUGAAAUGAUGUGAAUUUUUAAUAUUAUUUAUUUUAUAGGAAAUGAAUUGUGAAUGCUGUGGAGAACCAAUAGAAAGUGAUCAUGUAUGUUUUUCCAACAUAUUAUCAGUUGAACUUCAUGAAAUUGAUGUUAGCAGUAAUACUACAAAAAAACCAAAUACCACUGAUAGCUAACAUUCUUUUUAUUAUUAUUAUUUUUUAAUAACCGAAAGUAUUUUUUUUUCUUUUUUAUUUUCUUUUUUAUUUUAAUAUCGUUUAAAUUCUUUAACACAUUGAAAUUACCAUUUUGUUUUUUUUUUGUUUUUAACUAUUGUUUUGUUUGAACAACUAUUAAUUUAUGUAUUAUACAAGUUAACAUGUGUAUUGAGUUUGAAUGGAACUAUGUGAUAUAACAUCAAUAAUUUACAUAUUCUACAAUUAAUUAUUUAUACCAAAUGUGUGUUAUUGUUAAUAGAUUAACUUAAUAUUAUUAAAAUUACUAAACAUGCCUAAAUACAUUAUUUUUAUCAACAGUGUGCACUUUGUAAAUUAAAAAAAUUGUAACUAGAAUUUUGGACAUUUCCUUUGAAUUUUAUUUUUAACUAUUCAAUAUUCUUAAACAGCUUAACUAUUAAUUCAAUUUCUUUUUCAUAUAUAAACCUAAUAGUGAUAACUUCAGUUAAAAGUUGAAUACAAAUUACAGCUAAUUUAUUUUUUCAAAGCUAAAUAAAUAUUAUAAUUUAUUGUAAUCAACUAAAUAUUUGUAUGCAUCAUAUUAUAUAAAUAAUAGCUUUUUAUUUUGUAUAUUUUUUGAAUAUGCAUUAUAUUAUUUCUCGUUAUAUAUUACUUAUUUUUAUAAUUAAAGUUGAAGUACUUUAUGGAUUUUUAAUUACAGUAAAUUUUAUAAAUAUACAUAAUUACACUUUAAAAUGGUUUUUAAAAUUAAAUAUUCUAUACAAUUAACUAUUAAUUCAGAUUGAAAAUGUACUAGUCGACUGGCCACAGUGGAUCUUGAAUAGCUCAAACCAAUUUGUUUGUGACAUCAUAGAAUCCAGAACUCAAUCAGUAUGAGCAAUCCUAGUACAUUUUAACCAGAAUAUGUCAUAUACAUUUAAUAAUUAAAUUAUUUUUUUUAAUUUUAAUGUCCAAAUUCUAGAAAAACAACUAUUGCAAAAAUGUGACUUCAUUUCUAUCCAUAUUGUUUUAUAAAUUAUUAUUUAAACUGUUUUAAAAAUAUAAUUUACCAAUAUUUCUAAUCAGUAGGUAAUUUUAAAACACUUUUAGUUAUUAUUUAAUUUUUUACAUUCAAAUUUAACUAUAUUAUUAAUAAUAUUCUCUCAAUUAUACAUUAUUUGACUUUGCUCAAUAAUUUUUAGAUGUUUAUUUUAAAAUUAUUUUGAUCUCAAUUUUAUUUAUUUCUAUUACAUUUUUACUGUAUAAAUAAUAAUUCAAUUUUUGUUACCUCCUGUGUACUUAAGAUGUUUGCUAAAUAUUACACACUUUAUUUUAAACUGUAAAAAAAUUACAUUAAUUGUUAAGUAUUAAAUUAUAAAUAGUAUGUUAAUAAGCAAUGUUGUAGUGGCAAAAAAUGAAUAUAGGAAAAUUAAGUUGUUUGCCUAUACUUUCCACUAUUGCAUUGCCUUUAUUAUUUUAUUAUUAUUUAUACAUAUGUUGCACAGUAAACUGUAAUAAAACAACUUUAUAAAUUGUUAUCAUGCUGUGUAAUAACACAAUAAUCCAAAAACUACAGAUUAUAUGAAAUAUUUGGAUUGUGCACAUUUAAAUUUCAUAAAUAAAGAUUGAUCAGUUAAUUGGUUAGAACAGUGAUUCACCCUUAAACUAUCAAUUAUAAAGAUUAUUUUUUAAAAAUUUUUAAUUAUGGAAAUUUUUUUAUUUAUAUUACAAUAUUUGUAAUGAAAAUUUAAAUUAAAAAUUGAACUGGCAAAAAAUAUAAAUCGUUAAACUUAGCACAUCAUUUCAAAGAACACCUGACCAAAUCAAGCAUAAAAACGUGCACAGUCUGGUUUUUUACUGUUUCCCAGAAUUUUUUUUCUAAGUUAAAGAAUCACAUUUGUUUUAAUACUGGACAUAUGACUUGAAGCACGGAGGCACAGAAACUUAUAAUUUAUAUAGUUUUAUUUUGCCUUCAUAGUAAUGACUUAAUGUUAAUAGAACCGUAUAGAAGUUAGAUGGACAGGUAACUGAAUACAAAUGAUGUAAUGGAGAGACCAUUUUUCCUAAAUUGUUCAGUUUGAUUUGUCCAGAAAACUACCAAAACUAUGACAAGCCAUGCAAACAACCAUUCAAUUAAUAUUAUUUCUGACAAAUUCUUAUAUUAUUGCUAUUAUAUUUCAUUAAUAUUUUCUAAAAUUUCAUUAAUUUUAUACUAUUCUACAUUAAAUUUUGAUUUUAAUAUAGGUAAAAUUGGAUAGUGCCCCAAAACUGCCCGCUGAAGUGAAUUCAGUACCUGUAGAUUAGCUACUGAAAACUUUAGUUAUGAUCUAAAAAGCGAAAAUAGCAAUCAUUCCUCUUGAAAGGCAUUUCGACAGCACCACCAAAAAGCUUACCAAAGUUGAUUAUGCUUAUAUAUAGUCGAUGACGCUCAAUGCUAAAUGCCAAAAUCUCAAUUUGUUCAUCUUUGGUUCAUUCUAAAUUAUCCUUUUAAAAUUUUAAAUAACAUUGAAGUCGUUUAUAAUGUCUUUUAAAUAACAGUUAAAUUAAAGUUUUUAAAUGACAGUAAAAUGUAUAUAUUUUUUUAAAUUAUUGUUUUACACAAUAUAAUUAAUCACACUUGUUUAUUAUUUGAUGUAAAUUAAAAAGUU